AUUUCUCUGGUGUCUACCUUUUACGUUGUAAAAUUCGUAGUAAAUAAUUUAAAUAUCUUCAGCAAGAAAUUUAUCAAAUUUGUCGUACGAAUAUUUGCGCGUUAAUUGUGACGUAACUUAGCCGUUUUGUUUUGCUUUGCGUUGUGGACGGAAUGGCAACUGUUCAAGGACCAAGUGGAGCUCCGUCAGCGCCAGACGAUCUCCCUCCACCGUAUUCAGCUGUAGUAGGGAACCCGCAGUAUGGUUUCGUGGUUCCAGGACCGGAGCCUUACGUACCUGGUGUACCCCCUGGCGCGCCGAAGCACUUUACGACACCUCACAUGUAUCCACAUCCUCCUUCAGUGACUAGUGUUCAGCCUCAGACCGGAGAAUCGUUGCCACCGACUGGGCUUCCAAUGUCAGUGGGAAUAGUGCUUCCACAGGCAGCUGUCGGUAACCUACCUACGACAGUGACUUGCUUCAACUGCGGCAAAGUGGUCACAACGAGAGUCACAUACACGACAGCCUGGCAUACUCAUUUGGUUGCUGGAUCUUUAUGCAUUAUCACUAUGGUGUGCUCGUUAUGCUGUGUGGGACUGAUCCCCUAUUGCUUCGACUCAUUCAAGGAUGCCGAGCACUAUUGUCCCAAUUGCAACAGUUUUAUUGGAAAAAGCAGCAAGUGCUAAAUGUUUAUUUAAAAAUACCCCAAUAUGUACUAGAACAAUAGAGUAUAGCCUAUGAAUUGUACUCCAGAUCUAUUCUAAUGAAAUCCCUGAUAUUAUUGUAUUUGGUGCCAUUAUUCGGUAUAUUAAUUUAAUUCUGACUUAAUUUCUCAUAUAAGUAAAUUGUAUAUUUGCAUCAACUAUCGAAAUGUGUAAAUAUUAAGAGAUUCUAACAUUUCUUACAAAAGUCUGAAUUAGUUUAUACAGAUCAUUAUAGCAACAGCUUUUGGAACAUUCAUUUUUUGUAGUCGUUUGUAAUGGGUAUUCCACAUUUCGACUGUGAACUGGCAAUCAGUACAGUCUCAGUUUUGACAACUUUACAGGUGAAGAAAAAUCAUUUACGUAGCAUCUGGUUUAUUAAUAUCGAUUACUUUUCACUGAUGUGAUUUCUGUGUCCUCCUUAAAUAUAUUAAUUACACCUUUAAAGAUAAUAUUAUUUUUAGUAUAUUUUAUGAUUG